AUGCCGUACAUCGCGGCAUCGCCCCUCUUCCUCGUCGCGCUCUCUGCCGCUGGCGCCUACUGCAUCAUGGGCCUGGCCUGGCGCAGCGGCCUAGGCGACCUGAACGACAAGAUAGCUGCCGAGUUCCCCACGCGGAUGCCCGGCUUCGACACAGAUGGCACGCUGGCCUCGCACUACACGGGGAACGCUAGGGUCGACCAGCAACUUGCCGGCAUCGUCCGAUUCUUUGCCACCAUGACCAGCGGCGAGCUCCAGCCCCUCAGCCUGUUCUCCUUUUGGUUUUCGGGUCAGGCCCUGGCGGGCCUGGUGAUAAUGACGCUCGACGGCCUACGCGCCGGUAACCGUGGAAAGGCCAUUAGUUACACCGCGCUCUGGGGCCUGUGCUACCAAACCAUAACCUAUGGCAUCACAAUCCCCAUCUACGUCGCCGUCUGGCUGUGGACUUCCCCCCUGGCUUACAUGACGGCCACCGAAACCCCUGCCCGUGAGGUCGCCGCGGCCCUGGCCCUAGACGAUGCCGAUCUCUCGGUUAUGCCGCACGCACUAAUUUGGGGCUACAUCCUGCCCACCCUGCUGGCCGGUCUGCCUAGCCCCGCCGUCGUGUCGCCCGAGCAAAAAAACAACUACCUGUUGAUCUGGCAGCUCUUCCCCGUCUGGACCAGCCUCGUGCAGCUCCUCCUAUCCACGGCCGCCCGUCGCCUCCGGCCCCGCCCGGGCUCCGAGGCGGCAGCCGCCACGGCCACGGUCGAGGGCCAGAAGAAGGCCCUCACGCACCGCCUGCGCUGGGUCUACAUCUUCACACUCACCGUCACCACUGUCAUCCACGUCUUUGCGGUGCUGUACGCCGUCGUCCCAUCGCUGCGGCCAGAGUCGCUCGCGCCCCUGGAUCCUACAGCCGUCACCCUUGUCAACACCUUCAAGCCGGCGCAGACCCCCUUCGAGGCCGUCCGCCCCGUCAAGUCACUCGCCGACGGGAUCCUGCUACUGCUACAGUACGAUGUUUACUUUGCCGGCGCCGCCUUCCUCUACUGGGCGUCGUGCCAGUUCCGUGCCGCCACCGAGGCCCCUACCUUGUCCAGCGUCCUGAUCAUUCUGACUGGGCCAAUCGGGGCUGCGCUCACGCUGAUGUGGCGUCGCGACGAACGCCUACUGCUUGACAAUGACGAGCCCAAGGUCAAGACGAAUUAA